AUGUUGCCAUUCGGCCAUUUGUUGCCAGCAGUGCGUGACUCGUACCAUCACUCCCACUCUCUCAAAAUGAAGUACCUGGCAGUGACCGGCGGCACCGUCAGUGGCCUGGGCAAGGGCAUCACCAUCAGUAGCAUCGGCGUCGUGCUCAAGUCGCUGGGUCUGCGCGUCACGUCCAUCAAGAUUGACCCGUACCUCAACUGCGAUGCCGGCACCAUGUCCCCGUUCGAGCACGGCGAGGUGUUCGUGCUCAACGACGGUGGCGAAGGCGACCUGGAUCUAGGCAACUACGAGCGCUUCCUGGGCAUCACGCUCACGCGCGACCACAACAUCACCACGGGCAAAGUUUACACGCACGUGCUCGAGAAGGAGCGUCGUGGCGACUACUUGGGCAAGACAGUGCAGGUUGUGCCCCACGUGACCGACGCCAUCCAGGACUGGAUCGAGCGUGUUGCGCAGAUCGGUGUGGACGGUAAGCACGCUGGUGGGGCCGGAGCUGUGGACGACGAAGAGGCCGACGUCUGCCUUAUUGAGGUCGGAGGAACCGUCGGCGACAUUGAGAGCAUGGUCUUCCUUGAGGCUCUGCGUCAGUUCCAGUUCCGUGUGAGCCCGGAGAACUUUUGUCUUGUGCACGUCUCAUUGGUGCCGGUUCUUGGCUCUGUCGGUGAGCAGAAGACCAAGCCUACUCAGCACGCCAUCAAGGAACUGCGCAGUGCCGGUCUCUCCCCGGACGUCAUUAUUUGCCGUAGCAGUACUGAACUGGAGCCGGCCACUAAGGCCAAGAUCGGCAUGUUUUGCCAAGUACCGGCCAACCACGUGCUGUCCGUGCAUGAUGUGAGCAACAUCUACCACGUUCCGCUGCUGCUGUCCAAGCAGGGAGCUGCCAGUAUCCUCAUGUCCAAGCUGCAGCUGAUGAACCGUUUCAGCGAGCCGGAUCUUGAGGCCUGGUCUGCUAUGGCUCACCGUGUGGACUCGUUCGAGCAGGUGUGCAAGAUCGCGCUCGUGGGCAAGUACACAGGUCUGCAGGACUCGUACCUGAGUGUCAUCAAGGCGCUUAAACACGCUACUAUGAAGUGCGACCGUGAUCUUGAGAUCGAGUGGAUCGAAGCCAGCGACUUGGAAGUGGAAAUGCGUGAAAAGAACCCCAAAGCUUACGAUGAGGCCUGGACCAAGCUACGCAGUGUGGACGGUAUCGUGGUGCCCGGUGGAUUCGGUGACCGUGGCGUGGACGGCAAGGUUCUGACCGCCAAAUAUGCUCGUGAGAAGCGUGUUCCGUACCUAGGUAUCUGUCUGGGCAUGCAAGUUGCUGUGAUUGAGUACGCGCGCAACGUAAUUGGCUGGAAUGAUGCCAAUAGCGAGGAAUUCGACGCUGAUGCAGGCCACAAGGUGGUUGUCUUUAUGCCGGAGAUUAACCCGGAGGUUAUGGGCGGCACUAUGCGAUGCGGUGCACGUCGCACCAUCGUGCACGAGAAGGAAGACCCGGCGAAGCGCUCGCUGGUGUCGUACCUGUACGGUAAGGACACGCCGAUCAUGGAGCGUCACCGUCACCGCUACGAGGUGAACCCGGAGCUUGUGCCUGCUAUCCGUGAGAGAGGCCUCAACUUUGUCGGCACGGACACCAAGGGCGAGCGUAUGCAGGUGAUUGAGCUCGACCGUGACGUCCACCCGUUCUACUUCGCCACGCAGUACCACCCGGAGUUCAAAUCGCACCCGAACGACCCGUCACCACCGUUCCACGGCCUCAUCUUGGCUGCUACCGGCAAGCUCGACCAGUUCAUGAAGGAUGUCGAGACCAAGGAGAAGGAGCUGUAA